AUGGCAAGUUGCACUGAUGCAGCCAGCAACGAUGAAAGUACUGCCGAAGACGUCAAGAGUGAUUCUGAGGACGACUGUCUAGACGCUGACUCAAUAGGCCGCUCGUACGAUGCGGACCUAAUGCGCGAAAUGGAAGUGGUAGAGCAUACGCUUGACGAGGAGGAGCACUGUACCUCCCAAGCCGAAACAGUAUCGUUGCUCAAACUAGCAGCUUUAUCACAUGGGGCAACGUUAAGCUCAGCAACGUUAUCCCAAGAGUCAGCUGUGGAACCUACGCAAGUUACCUCAGAUCAGCUGGAUAAUGAGCGUUCUGCUGCGGACAUGUCUUUUUCUGUAUUUGCACCGUCCACCUACGCUGCCUACGAAGAGGUGUCUUUGUCCCAAGUUUCCCUAGGCGACAUUAACAUCUCUGAACAGUCGCAGCUCAUCAUUGAAGAGAAACCUGAAGCAGACGCUUCUGGUGAACAUGAUCGGGCAACAACUUCAAAGUCGGAACUGUGUUGUUCAAGAACGAGGUGUUCAAUUGAACUUACCUCGCCCUUAUCAAGGCAACUCUAG